CCACAAAACGGAACGACCAUCAGCAGCAGCAACAGUCCACAAAAAUGAGCACCCUGAGUCGGCCCAAGUCUCCGCGGACGCCAGUUUCUGGCAAAAAUUUCGACAAGGAGGAAAGUUUUUGGGACAAAAUCGGAACCCUCGGCCGGAAGAAGCGCAUCAAGGAAGUGCAAGAAGUACAAGAGGAAGGCAAAAUUGCCAUCGAUUCACCGGGUAACCCGAAUGCACCGGAGAUCCCUCCAGAGGAAUACAACCUCGAAGACAAUGAAUCGCGGUCGAUUAUCCAGCCGGCUUCGCUGCAACAUCCGCACGUCCGGGAGUUGCUGCAGGUGCUCAUCGAUUGGAUCAACGACGAGCUGGUCGAGGAUCGGAUCAUCGUAACGGACAUCGAGGAGGAUCUGUACGAUGGACAGGUGUUGCAGAAACUGUUUGAAAAACUGACCGGACGCAAGCUGAAUGUACCGGAAGUGACCCAGUCCGCUGAGGGACAGCGCCAGAAGUUGACCGUGGUGCUGACUGCUGUUAAUCAUAUCUUGGGCUUCCAUCAUACUAUCCCUCAGUGGACCGUGGAAAGCAUCCACACGAAGAAUAUCGUUUCGAUCCUACAUCUGUUGGUGGCGCUGGUUCGUCACUUCCGGGCGCCCAUUCGUCUGCCGGAGAAUGUUCACGUGACGGUCGUUAUGGCUCAAAAGGUCAAUGGAAAGCUAACCAGCAAACAAUUCCAGGAGCAAAUUACUCAACAGUACGACGAUGUUGGCAUGCGCUGCGAGCGGGACGCAUUCGACACCCUGUUCGAUCACGCACCGGAAAAGCUCGCCGUGGUCAAGAAAUCGCUGAUCACGUUCGUGAACAAACACCUGAACAAGUUGAACUUCGAGGCAGCCGAUUUGGGUUCCGACUUCAAGGAUGGAGUGUUUCUGUGUUUGCUGAUGGGUCUGUUGGGUGGUUUUUUCGUGCCGCUGCACGAAUUCCACCUCACGCCGAAGGAUGCCGAACAAAUGGUGCACAACGUGGGCUUUGCGUUCGAGCUCAUGAUGGAUCAAGGCUUGAAACCGAAGGCGCGGCCGGAAGAUAUCGUGAAUAUGGAUUUGAAAUCAACGCUUCGUGUGUUGUACACUUUGUUCACAAAAUACCGAAACAUUUCCUGAACUGGCAACAAUUCGGGAAAGUCGUUGAGCAGCAAUUGAAGUGCCUUGAAUGAUGAAAAUGAUAGUAUUUUUACUGGACACGCGCACAGUUUUUGACAAGUUUAAUAUGCCGUUUGUGUUAAUUUUAUUGUAGUCAUGUAACAGUGUUUAAUACGAUAAAAUGUUUUGCCUUUAGUGAAACAUUGAUAAUUUAUAAUGUCGUAGGAAAACUUUCGAAUGAAAAUCCUAGACGUGUUAGGAGAUAACUUUUUAUGUUAACGAUUACUGAACGUUUUGUACGGCUAUCUGUUAAAAUCAUACGAAAGUAACACGUCAUUAGUUUGCCUGAGUACUAAUUUAUAAACAAAGAAUAUUUACUUAACAUGUAGAAUUUUUCAAUAUAUAUAAAAUGUAACAUUGA